UCAUUUGGGGCUGGGAGGUGGAACUGCCUAACACCCUGUCAACAGGUGAGUGUGGAAAGCUGUAUUAGCUGUUAACAUUUCUGGGAUAUUUGUGUGGGAAUGCUUCUUGGCAUGUCUCAAUUGACAAUUGAUCCAGUCCCUGAGAGAACAGGCACCAUCCCUGAUGCUUGUGGGCAUUCCUGGUGGGGCCAGGGCUGCCACACACACGGUCCUGCAGGAGGACUCUGCUCCUGUGUUUUCCUGGCUGGUGUUCAGCCCCUGUCCCUGGGUCACUCCCAGCACCAAACCAGCUCAUGUACAGAGAGUCUGGCAAGUCUGUUCCUGUCCUCAGGCAACCACUGACCUGAGCAGGAGAGGGACAGCAUCUGCUGGAGUCGGGAAGGGUGAAGGCCACCUUCCCUACUGGAAUUCCCUGUCCCUGCUCUGCUGUUCCUGUGGGGACAGAGGUCCUUUGGGGCUCAGCUCUUAACAUUACCAUUUGCAGGACCUUGUUGUCCUGUCUCUUGCCCAUCCCCUGCUGAGCAGAGUGGUUGUGCUGCCUCACUGGCGUGUUCUGAUGUCCAGUGUUGAACCUGGGGACCUCCUGUAAGCAGCACGUUGCCCUUUCUCUGUCCCCCCUUCAAGGGCAGCUGUAGCAGCUUCUGGUGCUUCUCAGCCCUCACGGGUGCUGGUGAAAGGGAAAGCUGGUGUCUGUGCCCAGUUUGCUCCCUCUGUGCCCAGUGAUCAUGACUCUAGCCUCUGGUCCCUUUUAAGCUAAUCAGGUUCUGAAUUAUUUCAUGCUUUCCAAACCCAAGGUGAUCCUUCUGUGAUGGACAGACAGAGGAAAUAAACCCCAGGGAAUCUAAGUCCUGAGACUAACCCUGGAAAGGUAAGACUGGCCCUGUUUCAGUCAGGGUUGUGGAUAUUACAGACGAGGCCACAGAUGUUUGGAAUUAAUUUAUUGCUUGUUGAUUGCCCUUUGAUUUCUUCCUAGGUCUGUGCAGGUGAUGAACAUUGCAGCCCAUCCAUCUUCCCACAUUCCCAGUGGGGCAGGUUCCAGCUCUGUGCCUAGGCCUGGCUCUGGCAAACCCAGCCCUCCUCUGCACGACUCUAAGGGCUUUGCUGCUCUGAGGUAGAUGCUGAUGCACAUACUGGUGCUUUGCUGAAUAAGGCACCCUCGUGGUUUUCCAGAUGUCUUUGUUUUCCCUCCACCUCCUGCUUAUUCUGCUGGGCAGAAAAACUGGGUUCUGCUCCCUCAGGUUUUGUACCAUCACGCUUUGAUUUUGCUAAUGUACAAUCUUAGCCUUGGUUUUCUAAAUAGCUUAUCUGCUGGAAGGGUUUUCUGGGGUGUCACUAAACUCAUACCUUGAGUCUGGUACAGCCUGUUCAAAGGUGGUGUCACUAAGCACUCCCCUUACAACAGAAUAGUGCACAGUGUGCAGCAGAGCUGGGGAUGUUCAUCUGAGCCCAAUUCUGCUCUUUAUACAAGAAGUACAGAUGAAUGCUGCAGAUCAAAUUUAGGCUGAUUCCAUCUGCUUUUUCCUACUCCAGGACUAAUCCUCGGCAUGAAAGGUCUUCCAGGUCGAUGAGCUGCAUCUGAAGGGUGACUCACUGGUUUGAGUCAAAUGCAGCUCAAGCUUGUGUUGCUGGAGGAGAUGGGAAGAAAAAGCAAGAAGGUGUUUGCUGUGAGAGCUGUGAGACCCUGUGCUGGUGGGGGUGCAGCAGAGCCUCCAGGUCUGUGUUCCACGGAUUUCGUGGCUCUUUGGUUCUGAAACAUCCACGUGUGCUGUGGUAUCAGCACAGCAGCUCCUGCAGCUCUACAGGCUGCACCUCCUUCCAGGAGCAAGGGCUGAGUGAUGUAGUCUGGAUUUACAGGGGAUGUGCUGUAAACUUCUGCCCUACUUACCUGUCAGUAGGGAAAAAAUUUGUUAAAGCUCUACCCAGGGUUAACCUGGUAAUAACUAGACUGAGCUAAGGCAAGACAACCCGUGUGACACUGCUGAGACGUGCCUCGAGGGCCUCCUGAACACUGUCAGGGAGCUGGUGUCCAUGGGUCCUGUCUUCUCAGCCGUUUCUGUGAGGCUGAGAAUUCUUUUAAGUGUUUUAUGUAAGCAGGGUACUGCUUACAGCCUGUGGGUUACAUUCCUGCUUCUCUGCCUUGCCUUGGAUUUCCCCACUGAAUGCAGAUUCUGCAUCUCAACAUGAUGUUUUGUUAUGUUUUUCAGACCCUCUGGCUGGAGCAGACCUGCUAAAUGAGGUGACUUCUCUGUUCUCCACUGCUAUCACUGCUGCGUUUGUCUAAGACAGUGCUUGGACAUGGUUGCUUUCAGGAGCUGAAGGAAUUGUGUUCAGAAAAAGUGACCCCAGCCCCUCAAGGAAGGAAGCUGUUUUCCUUCCAGCCUGGAGGAAGGAAGGGGAUAUUGCUAAUUGCAGCUGUGUGUCCCUGGCGUGGGACAGCACUCAAAUACUGCCACUGUUCAUGUCCCUGUGUCAGCAUCUUUGUGCUUUCUCUCUGGGUCUGAAGUUGGAAGGAUGGGAGUGGUGUCUGGAAGAGAUGGGAGUUGCACCCUUUGCUCCCAUUGGGAAAGGCUGCUGGCAGUUGGCUGAAUAACCAUCUGUUUUCUCUUCCCAGGCUUCCUUUGCUGCAGUGCUGAGGAACUGGGUCCUGCUCUGCAGGUGGGUUUGCAGCACUGACCCCGGCACCGCCUGUGUGUCCUGGUAGGUUCCUACCUGUGUCUGGUAGGUUCCCUCUGCCAUGGGGAUGGAAACAGGAAAUUAAAACUUCAUCAAAGCCUGCUGGAAUAUAACACUUGGGCAAUCUUUAAGAGAAGCUGUGUGUAAAGCAUUGCACCAUUCUCUGCUUAACUGGGCUUGGGUUCCUUUGAUGCAUUUAAUAGCAAGAACGAACUGGGGGAUCGGCUGGAAGUGAGGGAAAGCCCUGCUGAAACAACUUGGAGCCUCUUCCCUGUGUGUGGAGGGGCUGGAGGGAUGUGCCACAGAGCUCUGCUCCCCUGCCCACAGCUCCCAGCACUGCACAGCCCUGGUGUUGGGCCCUGGUAUUGUUGCUGCAGCUGGUGUUGUGAAUCAGGCCGACGACAAGCGCAUCCUACAAUCCGGCUAUUUCACUACACCAGGGUUGCAUCAUACCACUCUCUUCACUCUGCACCCAGCGUCCUGGAACCCUCCUGUCUCUUCUGGAGCAUCCCUGACCCACUUCAGAGACUCUGAUCUGUGCUGGUUUGGGCAAAUUAGUGUUCUUGAUGAACUAACGAGGUUCUAAAAUAAAGCCACUUCUCGCAGGUGUGAGUCUGCUGCCACGUCUGUUGUGAGGGGGAGCUGGUGUCCACUUUGUGGGAGGUGUUGCACAAGGUGCUGGAGUGACUUUUCCUCAUCCAGCUCGCCCUUGUCCCUGCUGGCCAGGCUGGCUGCCCACAGGGCACUGGCACAGCUCUGCACUGGGUGCUGGAGCAGCGUGAGGGCCGAGCACGGGAUGCAGGCCAGGCUGCCUGUCCUCAGCUUGCCGGGUAAGUGGGUGCACCCUGGCCCUUGGUGAUUGUGGCUGGCAUCUGCUCAGCACAAACAAUGCAAGGGGGCUGGAGCAAGUCCUCAAAAAGCAGGUUAAAAUCUGUGUGUGAAUGCAAACACAGCCAGAGGCAGAAGGGGGGGCAGGCCCAAUUUUCCAUUAACUUGCAAAGCCACACCAAGCUGAAAUUCAAAUGGGCUGCCCUCGAAUUUUAUUGCUGGCCUUGUUUGCUGUCUCUGCUGAUCUUAUCUGUAACUGCUUUUGAGGCACAUGUGACAGGGGCUGCAGAGGUGUAAGAGGUGCCCAUCCCUCCCCCUGUCCUCGCCUGCUGGGGCUGUGGGGUGAACGCUGAGCGGCCUCAGGGCCCCAGUUCAUGUUUUGUGUGAUGUGGGCGAGUGUUUAAGUGGCUUAUUAAAUCAGGGAUGGGACUGGGAGAGUUCUGAACCUUGGGUGGUAGCUCAGUAGUGUCCCCUCCCUGGAUCGGGAGGGGAAGGGGGCUCUGGGUCCGUGGGUGUCUGUGCUGCCCAGCACGGCAGAGCUGCCAGCUCCCAGCCCUGGGCAAGCACAGACAGACUGUCUGCCACUGUCGGUGUCCCCUGGCCUCUCCAGCCCCCUGGCAGCUGAGUCCCAGCAGGGGCAGAUCUCACAUCCCUUGAUGUCACACUCCCCCCUUUCCCUGGUUUCACUAGGAGAUAAAGGGGCCGUUCCCGUCCCGCAUCCGGCCCAGCUCAGUGCCACAGGCAGCAGCUUGGAGCCCAGCCAGGAUGAUUUACGGGAUCUGACGGGGCUGGGGCAGUAUCCCAGGGAAGGGCGAGGGUGCGUGGGAGUCUUGCUCCCUUUUUCCAUAAUAAAUCCCUGUGGGAACUGAAUGUUCCCGGGUCGGGGCCAGAGGCAAACUCAACGCCUGUUUCUCUGCCGAUCUGUCCUUGGGACUUAAUCUCAAAUCUGUUAUCGCUGCCCCCAUCGAGUGCUGGGAGGCACUGAUGCCCAUUACGGUGGUUUUGGUGUCCCUUCCAGCUAUUUUUUUUCCUCCUGACCAGCUCGGGGUGGUUCGAGCCGACUCCUUUCCUCCAUUAGCAUCAGUGGUGGGUGUGUGCCGGUCGCCUCGCUCCGGUUUUGCGGGGUAUAAAGCGGGCGAGCCCCUCUCCACGCCCCGUCCCCCACCUGGCAGCCACCUGGGCAGGGGCCAUGGCCGAGCUGCCCACCCCAGACCUGCCCCCGGCCCGCUGCAGCGGCCGCUUCACCAUCAGCACCCUCCUGGCCAUGGAGGAGGGGGCCCGGGGUCCCUUCGCCCCCGCCGAGGGGCCCGGCUGUGACAGCGCCCAGCCCUCCCUCUGCGGCAGCACCCUCUGCACCAGGACCUUCGGCUACAACACGGUGGACGUGGUGCCCGCCUACGAGCACUACGCCAACAGCAAGGGGGUGGGCGACCCCAGGAAGGGCAGGCCCACGCUGGCCGACCUGCACUCCAUCCUCAAGCCUGACCCGGGCCGCCUCCACCCCGUGUGUGACCCACAGUGGAGCAAUGGCCUGCCCGAGGCUGGGCCGGAGCCUGGGCUGGAGGAGGCAGAAGGGGAGCCAGACAGAGCCUCCGAGCAGGAACCCGUCCGCUUUGGAUGGGUGAAGGGCGUCAUGAUUCGCUGCAUGCUGAAUAUCUGGGGAGUCAUCCUCUACUUGCGCUUGCCCUGGAUCACUGCCCAGGCAGGAAUCGCCCUGACGUGGCUCAUCAUCCUGAUGUCCGUGACAGUGACCACAAUAACUGGCUUGUCCAUCUCUGCCAUAUCCACCAAUGGCAAAGUGAAGUCAGGAGGCACCUACUUCCUCAUCUCACGGAGCCUUGGGCCGGAGCUGGGCGGCUCCAUCGGGCUGAUCUUUGCCUUUGCAAACGCGGUGGCCGUGGCCAUGCACACUGUGGGCUUUGCUGAAACUGUCCGGGACCUGCUGCAGGAGUACAACUCCCUCAUUGUGGACCCCACCAACGACAUCCGCAUCAUUGGGGUCAUCACUGUGACGGUGCUGCUGGGCAUCUCCCUGGCUGGCAUGGAGUGGGAGGCCAAGGCACAGAUACUGUUCUUCCUGGUCAUCUUGGUUUCUUUCAUAAACUACCUGGUGGGGACAGUGAUCCCGGCCACCGCCGAGAAGCAAUCAAAGGGUUUCUUCAGCUACCGAGCUGAUAUCUUUGCCCAGAACUUCGUGCCCAACUGGCGUGGGCCUGAUGGCUCCUUCUUUGGCUUGUUUUCCAUUUUCUUCCCAUCAGCAACCGGUAUCCUGGCUGGGGCCAACAUUUCAGGUGACCUGAAGGAUCCUGCCGUGGCCAUCCCCAAGGGCACCUUGAUGGCCAUUUUCUGGACCACUGUGUCCUACCUGGUGCUUUCUGCUACGAUUGGUGCCUGCGUGGUCCGAGACGCCUCGGGCAGCCUGAACGACAGCGUGGCCGUGGGGUCUCUGGGCUGUGAGGGCCUGGCCUGCGGCUACGGCUGGAACUUCACCGCCUGUGCCCAGCGCCAGAGCUGCCGAUACGGGCUCAGCAACUACUACCAGAGCAUGAGCAUGGUGUCUGGAUUUGGGCCCCUCAUCACAGCAGGGAUCUUUGGUGCUACCCUCUCCUCGGCACUGGCCUGCCUUGUCUCAGCCCCCAAAGUCUUCCAGUGUCUCUGCAAGGACCAGCUCUACCCACUCAUUGGUUUCUUUGGGAAGGGCUACGGGAGGAACAGUGAGCCCCUCCGUGGCUACAUGCUCACCUAUGUCAUUGCCAUUGGCUUCAUCCUCAUCGCUGAGCUCAACGCCAUCGCCCCCAUCAUCUCCAACUUCUUCCUCUGCUCCUACGCCCUCAUCAACUUCAGCUGCUUCCACGCCUCCAUCACCAACUCCCCAGGCUGGCGACCCUCCUUUCGGUAUUACAGCAAGUGGGCCGCGCUCUUCGGGGCCGCCGUCUCGGUGGUGAUCAUGUUCCUGCUGACCUGGUGGGCGGCCCUCAUCGCCUUUGGCAUCGUCGUCUUCCUCCUGGGAUACGUCCUCUACAAAAAGCCAGAUGUCAACUGGGGCUCCUCCAUGCAAGCCAGCUCCUACAACAUGGCCCUCAACUACUCGGUGGGGCUGAGCGAAGUGGACGAGCACAUCAAGAACUACAGACCGCAGUGCCUGGUGCUGACCGGCCCGCCCAACUUCCGCCCAGCCCUGGUGGACUUUGUGGGGACCUUCACCAAGAACCUCAGCCUGAUGCUCUGUGGCAACGUGCUGAUUGGCCCACGGAAGCAGAAGAUGCCGGAGUCCCGGCUGACAGCAGAUGGCCACGCCAAGUGGCUUAUGAAGAGGAAGAUCAAGGCUUUCUACACGGAUGUGGUGGCUGAGGAUCUGAGAAGCGGAGUCCAAAUGCUCCUCCAGGCUGCCGGCCUCGGAAAGAUGAGACCCAACAUCCUAGUGCUGGGCUACAAGAGGGACUGGCGGACGGCGUCUCCGCAGAGCCUGGAGGACUACGUGGGCAUCCUGCAUGACGCCUUUGAUUUCAAGUACGGCGUGUGCUUAAUGAGGAUGAAGGAAGGGCUGAAUGUUUCCCGAGUGCUGCAGGCACAUGUUAACCCCACGUUCGAGGCAGCGGAGCACCCCGAGAACGGCACUGCCAGCAGAGCAGCCCCAAGCACAAUGGACUGCACCGCCUUGGCCGGUGAGCAGCAGGCGAGCACCAUCUUCCAGAGUGAGCAGGGCAAGAAGACCAUCGACAUUUACUGGCUCUUCGACGACGGAGGUCUCACGCUGCUCAUCCCGUACCUCCUGGGGCGCAAGAAGCGGUGGGGGAAGUGCAAAAUCCGGGUGUUCGUCGGUGGGCAGAUCAACAGGAUGGAUGAGGAGAGGAAGGCGAUUGUCUCUCUGCUGAGCAAGUUCCGCCUUGGCUUCCACGAAGUCCACAUCCUCCCUGACAUCAACCAGAAACCCCGGCCAGAGCACAUCAAGAGGUUCGAGGACCUGAUCGCUCCCUUCAGGCUCAACGACGGCUUCAAGGACGAGGCCACAGUGAAUGAGAUGAGGCAGGGCUGUCCCUGGAAGAUUUCUGAUGAGGAGGUUGAUAAAAACAGAGCCAAGUCGCUCCGACAAGUGAGGCUGAACGAGAUUUUGCUGGAUUACUCACGGGAUGCAGCACUCAUAGCCAUCACCCCGCCCAUCGGCAGGAAGGGCCGCUGCCCCAGCGCCCUCUACAUGGCCUGGCUCGAGACCCUCUCGCAGGACCUGAGACCCCCCGUCAUCCUCACCCGAGGAAACCAAGAGAACGUGCUGACCUUUUACUGCCAAUAAAACCUCCUGGAUCCCCCCCGA